AAAAGGGAAAGAGUGACGGUGAAGUAACGGACGUUACGGGGCCAUCUAAAGCGCGAAUCUUAUAGCAGCAGCAGCGGCGGCGGCGACAUUCCUCCACGAGCUGCGCACUUGCCAAUUGGCCUGUGGGCCCCACGCAGGUGUCUGAUCUGAUGGGGAUCGUCGCAUCGGGACCGUCCGUUUCUCGUCCCGACACGGACCCUCCCGCCACGCCUUAGAUCAACGGCUCGGAUUCACCCAACCUUCUCCCUCCUCCCACCAUGAACACUCAUCACUGACGUCUUCGAAGCUCUGCAAAAGCGGAAUACUCGCUGUUACUGAGCUGAAGAAUGCAGAAGAGCAGUGAGGGCUCACCGGGGCAGGCUCCGACGCCGGACCUGGCCAAACCGGAGAGGCCGCCGUUGCUGAAGAAGCCGAAGACGAUAGAAGACGCCACCCCUCACUUCCCCGGUCCUCUCUUCCCGGCCGUCCGCCGCACCGCCACCGCCCCGCCCUCCCGGGCCUCCCCCGCCAGCUCGUUCCCGGACCUCCGAAUCUCCACGGGCAAGGAUGACAGCUCCUCGGAGCUGGGGAUUGGCUCGUUCUCCGAUCGCGACUGGGUCUACCCUUCCUUCCUCGGGGCGUACCCAGCCAAGGCUCGAGUGUCCAUCAAAGGCAAAGCCUCCAAGUCGCGGGAGGAUGACAAGUCGCUUGGCACCAGUGGCCGUUUGAUUGAUGCCAAGGGGAAAAUCGUGAGCGGGAAGCAGUGGAUCGAUUCCCACCCGGCAGUUGCAUUAAAGCCGAAGCGGGAGGAGAGGGAAGUUAACUCUGUGGUGAGUCAGGCUACGGUGACCCAGUCGAGUACGGCGUCUGCCCAUUCGGCUUCGAGGAGAAUUCAGGAGCUCAGGCAUUCUUUGGUUAUUUAUUUGCUUUCUUUCGUUUGUAUAGUAACUGUAACUUAUGGAUUAUAUCUUCAAAGAAUAGUCACCAGGCUUCAGGAGGAGAAUGAUAAACUUCACCGAGUAUGUAAUUCUAGUCUCGUCAUUAGUGAGAAUUCCAAGGUUUUCCGGAAUGAAGAUGUAGAAUCGGCCUCGUACUGGCAGAAAACUGACAGUAGAACUGUUGCUCUGUACACUGUGGUCUGUACACUCUUGAUGCCAUUCAUAUUGUAUAAGUAUCUCGACCAUCUCCCACAUCUAAAUAAACUUUCGACGAGAAUGAAGAAUAACCAAGAGGAGGUUCCCAUGAAAAAGAGAAUUGCUUAUAUGGUGGAUGUCUGUUUCUCUGUUUACCCCUAUGCGAAGCUCCUCGCACUUCUUUUUGCGACUAUAUUUCUGAUUGGAUUUGGAGGGUUGGCAUUGUACGCAGUAAGUGAUGGUAGCUUUGCUGAGGCUCUAUGGCUCUCAUGGACAUUUAUUGCUGACUCGGGAAAUCAUGCUGAUCGAGUUGGCGUGGGGCCACGGAUUGUGUCUGUAUCUAUAAGCUCUGGAGGUAUGCUGAUAUUUGCAAUGAUGCUCGGGCUUGUUUCGGAUGCUAUAUCUGAGAAGGUGGAUUCUCUGCGGAAAGGGAAAAGUGAAGUCAUUGAGAGGAAUCACAUAUUGAUUCUUGGAUGGAGCGACAAAUUGGGUUCACUGUUGAAGCAGCUAGCAAUAGCUAAUAAGAGUGUCGGUGGUGGUGUCGUUGUUGUACUAGCUGAAAGGGACAAGGAAGAAAUGGAAAUGGACAUCGCGAAGCUAGAAUUUGAUUUCAUGGGUACUUCAGUUAUAUGCAGGAGUGGCAGCCCUCUCAUUUUGGCUGACUUAAAAAAGGUCUCAGUUUCAAAGGCAAAGGCAAUCAUUGUACUGGCUUCCGAUGAGAAUGCGGACCAGAGUGAUGCUCGUGCGUUGAGGGUUGUGCUCAGCCUCACUGGCGUUAAAGAGGGUUUGAGGGGUCAUGUGGUGGUAGAGAUGAGUGACCUUGACAACGAGCCUCUAGUCAAGCUUGUUGGGGGAGAACUCAUCGAAACAGUUGUGGCACAUGAUGUGAUUGGGCGGUUGAUGAUACAAUGUGCCCUACAACCUGGGCUCGCACAGAUAUGGGAAGAUAUAUUGGGGUUUGAGAAUGAUGAAUUCUACAUCAAACGCUGGCCUCAACUUGAUGGUCUUCGGUUCGAGGAUGUUCUCAUUUCAUUCCCUGAUGCGAUUCCUUGUGGAAUUAAGGUUGCUGCUGAGGGCGGGAAGAUAAUAUUAAAUCCCGAUGAUAAUUAUGUCUUAAGGGAAGGCGAUGAAGUUCUUGUUAUUGCCGAGGAUGAUGAUACCUAUGCUCCAGGUUCCCUUCCAGAGGUACGAAGGGUAGUUUUUCCUAAAACAUUCGAUCAUCCGAAAUACCCAGAGAAGAUACUUUUCUGUGGAUGGCGCCGUGACAUUGACGAUAUGAUUAUGGUCUUGGAGGCAUUCCUGGCUCCAGGUUCUGAACUCUGGAUUUUUAGCGAGGUACUAGAAAAGGACAGAGAGAGGAAGCUCACUGAGGGUGGGCUGGAUGUCUUUGCGUUAGAGAACAUAACUCUUGUUCACCGUGAGGGAAAUGCUGUCAUUAGACGCCACCUGGAGAGUCUCCCUCUGGAAACUUUUGAUUCUAUACUAAUUCUUGCAGAUGAAUCGCUAGAAGACUCCAUAGUACAUUCUGAUUCAAGAUCUCUGGCCACUCUUCUCCUUAUUCGAGAUAUACAGUCGAAGCGGCUUCCUUACAAGGACGCAAAGUCGACUUCUUUGCGACUAUCUGGGUAUUCCCACAGUUCCUGGAUCAGUGAGAUGCAGGAGGCUUCAGACAAAUCUAUUAUCAUCAGUGAGAUCCUGGACUCUAGAACCAGAAACUUGGUGUCUGUGUCGAGAAUCAGUGACUAUGUUCUCUCAAAUGAGUUGGUCAGCAUGGCUCUUGCCAUGGUGGCCGAAGACAAGCAGAUCAACCGUGUACUCGAGGAACUCUUUGCGGAGGAGGGGAAUGAGAUGUGCAUCAAACCAGCCGAAUUCUAUUUAUUCGACCAGGAAGAGCUGUCUUUCUAUGACAUAAUGAUAAGGGGUCGUCAGAGACAAGAGAUUGUGAUAGGCUACCGGCUUGCGAAUACCGAACGUGCCAUUAUUAAUCCGUCAAAGAAAUCAGAACCCAGGAAGUGGUCCCUCGAUGAUGUCUUUGUCGUCAUAUCCUCCGACGAAUGAAGAGUCUCGUUGGCAACCAUAUCUGCUAAUCCGUCCUCCUAAUUGGUAUUUAACAGAUCAUCUUCGAAGAUUCAGUCUCCUGCUUGGAAUCGGCAUGCAUUGACUCUGUUCAUUUGGGCUAAGACGAGUUCCUUUAAAAUGGGUCAAUGACAGGUUAGCAUCGUUAACACGUAGCUUAAAGGAGACGAAGCUCCACAUCGUCUGUUCAGACACAUCUAUAUAAUUGUUAAGAGGUUAGGUUGUGCUGAAAAUGAAGAGCACAUUAGCCGGGGAAUUCACCAUUGAUAAGCUUCUUGUAUUCGUUCCAGUUACUUGCUAAGUGGUUCAGUUUCUUAUGCAAUUCCCCAUCAAUAAGCUUUCAAACAAUUGUUCAUGUUGAGGAUUAAAAUGGGAUAAAUCCCACGUCGGAAAAGAAAAGGAAAAUUCAUGAGUUA